AUGGCCGACAAGGACCGAGAGAACGGUUACGGGCCCCUUCAGGGCAAAGCCGGGGCGCUCCUCCCACCUCACGCCACGUCCGCCCCCAGAUCAACUCCCCUCGCAAACGCAACCUGUGGACUACGACUAACCGCCUGUGAAAACGCACACAAAACCACCCAACUACCCACGGCAACAACUCAGCGCCCAGGAUAA